CGCUCGCUCAGGGAUCCGUUGUACCUCGUGCCGGAGACUAAGGUACAGCAUCAACCCUAGAAGGGCAGUAGUGCUUGUCUUCCGUUUCCUACUUUAAAUGUGGCAUGUAACUGAAUAAGCUGACCUCUUGGAAGACAUUGGAACGGGUUCUCCAUACUUACUUCAUAAAGUCAUCCAAAAAUGCUCAGGGUGUUUGUCCUCUGUGCUGAAAAUCUCCAGACCCCAGACACUGAUGUCAGUGAUGCUUACUGUUGCGUUAUAUUUGGAGGGGUCAAGAAGAAAACCAAAGUAAUUAAAAAUAAUGUGAAUCCAGUUUGGAAUGAGGGCUUUGAAUGGGAUUUAAAAGGAGUACCACUGGAUCCCAAUGCAGAAAUUCACGUGGUCAUAAAGGAUCAUGAAACUAUGGGUAGGAACAGAUUUUUGGCAGAAGCCAAUGUAUCUCUGCGAGAUGUGUUCAACACUUCCAGUCUGGCAGCCAGUUACAGUGUUCCAUUGUUGGAUAAUAAGAAACAAAGCACUGGGGCCAAGCUGGAACUGCAAGUGUCAUACAUCCCUCCUCCUGGGGCCAUUCCAGUGAUUCCAACUUAUCCUACUCCCAUGCCUGCUCCUGUUCCUACUCCAGCAGAACCCACGUCAGCACCUUCCGAGCUUGAUACCACAAUUACUGAUACAACAGGCGAGGAGGAAGAAGAUACAGAAGACCAGAUAAGAACUGAAGAUGAGUCAGAACCUGCAGCACCAAUUGUAUCCACCAGUACAGACCAGCCAACACCACCAAAAAAGCCACCAGCAAUACCUGUACAUGGACUAAAGAGAAAAAAGAGCAUUUCCAAGAAACCACUGUCAAAUAAACCUCAGGAUUUCCAGGUUCGAGUACGAGUUAUAGAAGGAAGACAACUCCCUGGUAAUAACCUCAAGCCUGUUGUGAAAGUAACUGUCGCAGGUCAAACUAAAAGAACACGGAUACGCAAAGGAACAAACCCUAUAUUUGAUGAAAAUUUUUCUUUCAACUUUUUUGAAUCUCCAUUGGAACUAUUUGAUGAGCCAAUAUUUAUUACAGUUUUCGAUUCUCGGUCCCUUCGAACUGAUUCCAUUAUUGGAGAGUUUCGGCUUGAUAUUGGAACUGUUUAUGCUGAGCCUAGACAUGCCUUCCUUAGGAGAUGGCUCCUGCUGUCAGAUCCAGACGAUGUAACUGCUGGGGCCAGAGGUUACUUGAAGGUCAGCCUUUUUGUUCUCGGUGUUGGAGAUGAAGCUCCUACAGAGAAAAAGGAUGUCACAGAAGAUAAGGAGGACAUUGAGAGCAACUUGUUGCGUCCAGCUGGGCUUGCUCUGAGAGGGGCACAUUUCAUCAUUCGGAUUUACAGAGCAGAAGACUUACCUCAGAUGGACGAUGCAGUUAUGGACAGUGUUAAGCAGCUGUUUGGAUUUGACAGCAAUAAGAAGAACCUGGUUGAUCCUUUUAUUGAAAUCAGCUUUGCUGGCAGGACACUGUACACAAAGAUAAUUGAGAAGAAUGCAAAUCCUCAGUGGAAUCAGACCCUCACUUUGCCAAUUAAGUUCCCUUCAAUGUGUGAAAAAAUAAGAUUACGAGUAACUGACUGGGACCGCCUAAGUCAUAAUGACAUUAUUGGCACUACCAAUCUGUGUUUGUCUCACAUCUCAGCAUCAGGUGGAGAGCUGGAAGAUGAGUCUUCCUCAAAGUCCCGGAAAACUGCCAGCUUUGAUGAUGGUCUUGGAUUCUUGCCCACAUUUGGGCCCUGCUUUGUAAAUCUGUAUGGCAGUCCAAGAGAGUUCACAGGAUUUCCUGACCCAUAUGUUGAUCUAAAUCUUGGGAAGGGUGAAGGAGUGGCAUAUCGUGGAAGGUUCUUUGUGGAAAUGGAAACUAAACUUGUGGAACAGGCAGAACAGAAAGUGGAGGACAUUUCUUCUGAUGACGUUUUAAGGGUUGAGAAAUUCCUCCGAAGAAGGAAGUAUUACUUGUAUGCUGCAUUCUAUUCCGCUACCAUGCUUCAGGAUGUGGAUGAUGCCAUUCAGUUUGAAGUCAGUAUCGGAAACUAUGGCAACAAGUUUGACAACACAUGUUUACCCUUGGCAUCCACCACUCAGCACAGCAGGGCUGUGUUUGAUGGCUGUCAGUAUUACUACCUUCCUUGGUUCAAUAUUAAACCAGUCGUAGUCUUGUCUUCAUAUUGGGAGGAUAUUACCCACAGGACGGAUACACUGAACAUGAUCCUGCAUACCAUCGACAGACUUGAAGCCAACUUGGAGGAGGUUCAGUUCUGUACGAAAUGCAAAGCUCCUCUGAAUGAGCUAGAUACAAGUGUUUCUAAAUUGAUUGACGACAUCAUCACCGACUGCAGCCAGCCACUUCCAACAGUGCAUGACAAGCCUCACAUGACACCCCUGGAUGGCUAUAUAUACAAGGUCAGGACAGUAAACCUCACCCAGAUCGUACAAGCUGCCUUAAGACUAAAACAUGAUGACUUUGACCUGCAGACAGUGCUUGACCUCGCAGAUGACUGGCUGAAUCGACUUAAGUCAAUGGCUUAUGAGCCCCAAAACAGUUUGCCUGAUGUUGUGAUCUGGCUGCUUCGAGGAGACAGACGAGUGGCAUACUACCGAUUGCCAGCCCAUGAAGUACUGUACUCAAGAAAUGGCGACAACUGCUGUGGCAGGAUGUGUGGGAAACUGCAGACCAUUUUCCUCAAGUAUCCACAAGAUGAAGGCAAAAGUCUCAAGAUCCCAGCUCAAUUGCAAGUUCAGGUGUGGCUUGGCCUGUCUGCAGAUGCAAAGCAGUUUAACCAGUAUGCAGAAGGAAAACUCUCGGUCUUUGCUGAAACUUAUGAAAACCAGACAAAGCUGGCACUGGUGGGAAACUGGGGAACAACAGGACUUACAUAUCCCAAAUAUUCAGAUGUUACUGGAAAGAUCAAGCUUCCAAAGGAUAGCUUCCGACCCAGCACUGGCUGGACUUGGUCUGGUGACUGGUUUAUUAGUCCAGAAAAAAGCAUGCUCCAUGAAACAGAUGCUGGACACAUGACAUUUCUGGAGGAAGUGUUUGAAAACCAAGUUCGAUUACCUGGUGGUCAGUGGAUCCACAUGAGUGAAGCAUAUACAGAUGUGAAUGGUGAAAAGGUACUUCCAAAGGAUGAGAUUGAAUGUCCCCUCGGAUGGAAAUGGGAAGAUCCAGAAUGGUCCACGGAUUUUAAUAGAGCUGUUGAUGAACAAGGCUGGGAGUAUGGCAUUACUAUCCCUCCUGACAGGAAACCCAAAUCCUGGGUACCUACAGAAAAAAUGUAUCACACUAACAGACGUCAGCGAUGGGUCCGACUUCGCAGCAGGGAUAUUAAACAGAUGGAUGCUCUCAGAAAGCAAAAACAAGAAGAGACAGAAAGUGAAGGGUGGGAAUAUACACAUCUGUUUGGCUGGAAAUUCCACCUCAAAUAUAAGAAAACAGACACAUUCCGCCGUCGUCGUUGGAGACGUCGCAUGGAGCCAUUAGAAAUGACAGGCGCUGCAGCAGUAUUUGCACUGGAGGGUUCUUUGGGUGGAAUACCUGAUGAUAAAAGUGACGAUGGCAAAUCUGUUUCAACACGUAGCUUUGGUGUGAAUCGGCCUACAAUUUCCUGCAUCUUUGAAUAUGGAACCAGAUACCAUUUGCGUUGCUACAUUUACCAAGCCAGAGAGCUGAUUGCUAUGGACAAGGACAGCUUUUCAGAUCCCUAUGCGAUUGUCUCUUUCCUCCAUCAAAGUCAGAAGACAGUGACAUGUAGGAACACCCUGAAUCCAACAUGGGAUCAGACACUGAUAUUUUAUGAGAUUGAAAUAUUUGGAGAUCCCCAAAUCAUUGAAAAAAAUCCACCUAACAUUAUGAUAGAAAUUUUUGAUGCAGACACAUAUGGAGCUGAUGAGUUUAUGGGCCGCACUACAUGUAGACCUACUUUUGAGCGAUCUCCAAGGUUGGCCUGGUACCCCCUCACAAGAGGAAGCAAAGUCACAGGAGAACUACUUGCAUCAUUUGAACUUAUCCAAAGGGAAAAGCCUGCUGUUCAUCAUAUUCCUGGUUUAGAGAGUGAAGCAUCAUCAGCAAUGCUAGAUGAGCUCUACACUCCUGGUUUCUUCUCUGAGGGACUACUGCAAUGGACAGCAGAUGCAGACCUGCCAUAUCCGCCCCCACAAAGAGAGACCAAUGUUUACAUGGUUCCUCAAGGAAUAAAACCUGUGUUGCAGCGCACAGCUAUCGAGAUUUUGGCAUGGGGAGUGCGAAACCUGAAGAGUUACCAGAUGGCCAGUGUGUCAUCCCCAUCUCUUCAAGUGGAAUGUGGUGGUGAGGUUGUACAGUCAUGUGUCAUCAAGAAUGCCAAGAAGAACCCUAACUUUGGUUCUAACCUGCUUUUUUUGGAAGUGCGAUUGCCAAAGGAGGACCUGUAUGCUCCACCAAUCACAUUGAAGAUUAUUGAUAACAGACAGUUUGGAAGGAAACCUGUUGUUGGUCAGUGUACAAUCAGAUCCUUGGAGGAAUACUAUGUUAAUUCUUUCACAGAGGAGAAGGAAUUUACAGAUGCACAGCCAGAUGAAGUGAGCAUUACACCCAGAGACGAUGUGCUCAUUGACAUAGAUGAUAAAGAACCUCUAAUUCCAUCUCAGGAGGAAGAAUUCAUUGACUGGUGGAGCAAAUUCUACGCUUCAGUUGGAGAAAGAAAAAAAUGUGGUUCCUACCUAGAGAAAGGCUUUGAUACACUAAAGGUGUACAGCACUGAACUAGAGAAUGUGGAAGACUUUGAAGGACUUUCAGACUUCUGUAGAACAUUUAAGCUGUAUCGGGGGAAGGCUGAUGAUGAAAAUGAUGAUCCUUCUGUUGCUGGAGAGUUUAAGGGAAUGUUCAAAAUUUAUGAGCUUCCUGAUGAUCCCGCUGAACCAUUGCCACCUCGUCAGUUCCGUCAACUUCCAGCCAGUGGUUUAGAAGAAUGUUUAGUGAGAGUAUACAUUGUCCAAGCAUUUGAUCUGGCACCCAAAGACCCAAAUGGCAAGUGUGACGCAUAUGUGAAGAUCUCCAUUGGGAAGAAAUCCAUAACUGAUCAGGACAAUUACAUUCCAUGUACCCUGGAGCCUGUUUUUGGGAGAAUGUAUGAGCUGAAAUGUACCUUGCCUUUGGAGAAAGAUCUCAAGAUCACUUUGUAUGAUUAUGAUCUUCUUUCAAAGGAUGAGAAGAUUGGGGAGACAGUUAUCGACUUGGAGAAUCGCUUCCUCUCAAAAUAUGGAGCUUGCUGUGGGCUGCCUCAGACAUAUUGCAUCUCUGGACCUAAUGUGUGGAGAGAUCAGCUGAAACCUUCUCAACGACUGCAUAUCUUUGCACAGAGGAACAAUUUUAAAUUUCCAGCAUAUAAACAGGACAAAAUUAUCUUCCGUGGACAGGAAUAUACUCUUUCAGAAUGUGAUGCUGGAGGAAACCCAUCUAAUCCACACCUUGGAGCUCCAAAUGAGCGUCUUGCACUGUAUGCAUUACGGAAACAAGGCCUUAUACCUGAACAUGUGGAGACUAGAAUGCUCUACAGUCCUCUUCAACCUGACAUUGAGCAAGGCAAGCUGCAGUUGUGGGUAGAUUUGUUUCCUAAGACUUUUGGUCCUCCUGGCCCACCAUUCAACAUAACUCCUCGUAAAGCAAAGAGGUACUACCUUCGCUGCAUAAUUUGGAACACUAGAGAUGUGAUUUUGGACGACCUCAGUGUAACCGGAGAGAAAAUGAGCGACAUAUAUGUCAAAGGGUGGCUGUUGGGUUAUGAAGAAAAUAAACAGAAAACAGAUGUACACUACAGGUCAUUGGGAGGAGAAGGGAACUUCAACUGGCGUUUGCUCUUUCCUUUUGAAUACCUUCCAGCUGAGCAAGUCUGUACCUUAAGCAAGAAGGAACACUUCUGGAGUUUGGACAAGACUGAAAAUAAGAUCUCUCCACAACUUGUUAUUCAGAUUUGGGACAAUGACAAGUUCUCAUUUGAUGACUACUUGGGAUCUAUUCAGCUGGAUCUGAACAAGAUGCCCAAACCAGCUAAAACUGCAGAGAGAUGCAGCUUAGAAUCCUUAGAUGAGGCCUUAACUGCUGAUAAAACAGUGUCACUUUUUGAACAGAAGACAGUAAAGGGAUGGUGGCCUUGCUCUGGUGAGCAAGAUGGAAAACGAAUAAUAGCUGGUAAAAUAGAAAUGACACUAGAAAUUUUGUCAGAGCAAGAAAAUGAUGAAAGACCUGCUGGUGCUGGUCGCGAUGAGCCAAACAUGAAUCCAAAACUUGAGGAUCCAAAGAGACCAGAAACUUCCUUCCUGUGGUUUACAUCACCUUUUAAGACAAUGAAGUACAUCUUAUGGAGGCGGUUUAAAUGGGUGAUCAUUGGCUUAAUUAUCCUCUUCUUCAUAAUUCUGUUCCUUGGAGUUUUCCUGUAUUCCUUCCCGAAUUAUGCUGCUAUGAAAUUGGUGAAUCCAAGUGGAUGAACACUGAAGAUGAUGAGGGCUGCAAACACGAUGCCUUACAAGUCACAUAUGAAACUUGCAGUUACAAAGGAAUGACAGGACAAUCCACUCUUGUCAAGCACCAACAUUAUGGGACUCUUCAAGGACAAUGUGACUGUAGCACUAGGGGUGGUUUUUACUGUAGCUUGUGACUUUCUACUCCCCAAAUUAUUAUAGCAAUGUUUAAAUAACCGCAAGCAACAUGUUCUUUACAAUGCUCCAACUUCCAGACCACGGCUUAUUUUGAAGUUGUCCUCUGUGUGGCUUGUAUAUGUGAUUUGUUAUUUGAAGCCUGGAUCAUAAUAAAUAGCAGGUAGUUUGGGAUCUGUUUCAAAUUCAGAUUUUAAGGACCUUUUAGAGGUCUGUAUCAGUGAACAGUCACCUGCCUACGCACUGCAAAAUAGUGAUGUGAUAAGACUAUCAUAUAUGCAAUUAUCUCUUUUUAGAAUGCAAAGCAAAAUGGAAUAGUACAUUGUAUUCAAAUCCCUAUGUAAGGAGUGAUAUAAUCAAUAUUUACACUAAAUCCAAAUUUAGUGGUUGCUAAUGUCCAUAUUGUAAUGCAGUUGUUCAUUUGAAAUGCACAUGCUUAAUACAGUAACCACGUUCAUUCUACUUGCAAAUCUUUUGAGCAAGUCUAAAAAUGUGACAGACAGAGAUGAAUUUUGAAUUCUUAGAUUUAUAUUUCCUACUGUUACCAAUCAUUCAGACAUUUGUCCUGUUUUUUCAAGUAGGUAAUUAGCUAAAUAAGAUGAUAGCCAUAUCAGUAUUAUCUGUGUUUCAUUGCAUUGUUUCUGUUUACAUUCAAGUGCAAUUGAAACUGUUGUUAAUGUGAUAAUAACACAUAGUGAUACUUUGAAGACUAACAGCAAGAAAAUUUGUGGGAUCACCAAAUCACUCAGUAUUACUAUGGAUAUGUUCUAAUCUACAAAAGUUGAGCUGAUCAAGAAUUUCCUUCAGUUAAUUCAUCAUUUCUACAAUUUCCAGGUAAAUGUAUUGGAUAUUUUUAAUCCUUCUGCUGUUUUUUCCCCUAACAGCAUCGCUGCCCUUAACAUUUUGCACUCAUUAAGGGCUAUAACUCAGCACCUCAGAAACUGUUUGCUCAGAAGCCAUUUUGAUAUAAAGUAAAAUAACACAAUUUGUUGAUUUUUUGGAGGAGAUAAACCCCCCCCCCCGCCUUUCUACAUGCAAGGGACGUUAGCCCUUGUACCCCUGAAAUGAAUAUAAUCAGAUACAAGGUCAUUGUACCUUGGGGUAAGAGUAAACUUCUAAUGCAGUAACCUUGUUCAGGCUGAGUGCUUUUUGGCCAAAUGCAGAAUAUCAAGAACUUGGCAAUUGUGAAAUGCUUUAGCUAUUGCAUUAUUUGUGAUAGGAAAUAUUUUCUCAGAUUACUACCUUUAAUUGGCUUUUCAUCAGAACCAUGCACACAAAUGUUUAUCUGUAGAAUAAAAGGUACCUUUUGUUGUUUAGUUUUCAGAUCAGAAGUAAAUUGUGUUUCUUUGAGACAAUGCAUACUGUAAUGGAAACAUGCAAUAGCUAAAUUGCUUCCCUGCAGUUGGUGUUUACCCUUGCCCCAAGGUACUGUAACUUGGGAGUUGAUUCUUGUAAACUUUGAGUUCAGGGGUGAAGUUUGGGGAAGGGGAGGCUUGUGUUUUUCACAAAAUGUCCUUUUUUCUCUCGACAUAAAUUCAAAGUGAGUAGUUUUGCUCUGAAGUCACAGAAUGCAAAAUAAUUACAGCACCGAGAACAGUAAUUUAUAAAUACAGUGUCGAAUGUAUUUAAACUUUUUCUGUAUGUGUACAGCUUGGAACUCAUUUGGAAUUAUUUCCUGUUUUUCUUGCGUUAACUUUGUUUUUAGAUCAGACAUCAGGGACAAAUACCUUCAUUGUGCAGCCUGAAUGCAUAUCAGUGAUGGAUAUCUUGUUUCAUUGUAACACUUACUUUAAUUUAGAAUAAUAUGGUGUUCUUCAUUUCUGUUUAGCAAGAAAAAAAUCCCCAGGCUGGUGUGGUUUAUUAAGUUUAUACUACUCAAAAAAUCUAAAGAAUGCAUUUUGAAGAAAUGAGAAAUUAAACAUGUUUUACAUGGCAUUCUCCCUUUAUGUGGAACAAGAUGUCCUUUUCUGGAAUGAGUUAUCCAUUUUCACUUGGGAGUAAAUUAAUAUCUUACUUGAAAUUUGAUCAGCAUUUAUAAAUUAGUUCUGAAAAGUUGCAACCUGUAAAUUUAGUUGAUAUUAAAAUAACGUAUUUGUUUUAUGAGGGAUAUCCUACUGUAAACCAAACCAACAUUAUUGUAUUUGCGUGGAGGGUACAUCCUAGUUUAAACAAAGCCAAAAUAUGCAGUGUUUGUUGUUGAGUACUCAGGUUACACAGCAAACUGCUUGCACCUUUGUUUACAUUCUUGUCAUUUGUGUUACCCAAGAGACUUGUUUCAUGUUGCAAAGCAAAUGAUCACAGACUGUGGACUCAGAUGUUUGGCGCAGAGAAGGACAAUAACUCAGUGAUUACAAUAUAAAUAUAGGCACUACAUAUGUGGCAGUAUCAUUUAAUCAUUUUAAAAGGGAGUCACAGUUCUUCAACUGUCACCACCUUAAAGCUUCUGUUGUCAGCCUUGCAUUUGUCAAAUACCCUAACACAACUUUUCAUGCAGCGUAUUGAUUCCUGGUAUUGUUAUUGCUGUCUUUAUGGUCAGUAGUAUGCACCUACAUAAUUACAGUGUGUGCCAAGGACAACACAUUCAUGUAGCAUGACUUAUUCGUGUGAAAAAAAAAGUAAUUUAGUGGUUGUAAAUGUGCUAGACUGUAUGGACCAACAAAUAAUUCAUCUUGCAAAAGUGAACAAAAAUGAAAUCUGCCGUCAAGCAUCCAUGCCUCUGUGCUUAUCUGGUAUUCUCUGCCAUAUAUAGCCCAGAGAUGAUGUACUCUUAGCCACCGACAUGGCCUUAAAUGUCAUGUUUGGUGAUUUAUUCAGAGCCAAUGUAAGUGUAACUACACUGACACCUAUCAGCAAGGAUCAGUGAGUGAACCAGGUUAAGGUACAAGCUACUCUUGUGUCCUUAUGGUUAGGGACAUGGCUUUGUAUUUGCAGUGUUUUGAGUUUACUCCCUGAAAAUGUAAAUAUGUGUAUUGAUUUCAUGUUUUGCAGUUAGCACAGAGAGGUAAUCCUUUGAGCUGCUAAUGAGAUUCUUCCUGUAGUACAAGGUUUGAGUCUCCCAGUCUCUGUUUGCAUUAUGUGUGACUGAACAAGUAACUUAACCAGACAGUGCCGUGUGACAGUUGGACAAGGCUUAUCAGUGGUCUCCUGGGAUUGCAUGUCUGUGAGCCUAAACUACUGUGGUGUUAUUGACCUGUGUCGAUACAGCUCUAACCCUGCAAACUGAGUGAAAUAUUUUGAGAAUGUAGCUGCUUUUUUGGCUGUAACUGUUCUGAAGAUAAAUAGGUACUACCUUUGAUUAUGGGCUGCAGAAUGCCUGCAGGAACAAACAUGAUGAGGGUUUUCAGAUCACAGUAUAUCAGAACAAUAUGUAGUAUGCUCCAUAUUACAACAAAUUAGGAUAAUCUCACAGCCAUUUUUUUCCUGCUGUACUUUGGAAAACACGGUAUGAUGUAUGAGAACAACUAAAUGUGUUAUGCCAGAUAUUGGACUGAGGGUGAUACACAGACGCUUGAGCCACUUAUGGCUGCAGUGUCUCUGAAGUCAGUCUUUGUGAAGAUAAAUAGUGAAUAUUGCAGAUACAUCCAAUGUGGACAGGUAUGGGUCUUGGCUUGUAACAAGCUGAUUUCCUUCGGCAUUGGAAUGGUAGCCUUAGAAAGGGAAGAAUAAUGUCAGGGUAUCUCCCACUUGCACAACUGCUUUAUUUUAGUUUGAUUAUUUGACUUGUCAGGUGUUAAGUAAUUGAAAACAGCAAUAAGGCAGAACACUCCACUUCAAGUCAAUAAAACAUUUAUUCGGUAAAAUGCACAGUUAAAAUAAGCUCUUUCAGGCCAUAUGCCCUUCAUCAGAUAAUAAAACAAACUAAAAAGACCAUUUUUAAAUUACCUAACAUCCUAUCACAUUUCAGUAUUUUACCCUCCUUUUCUUAAGGAUGGGUUUUAAAGGUAAAUUAGCCUUAUUGCUGUUUCCAGGGACUGAUAUUGUUUUUGGCAAGAACACCUUAGUGCAAAGAGAUUUUUUCUUUUUUCACGUUUUGGUUGUGUUAAGUAAUUAGGUUUUGCUGAGUCAAGGUUGGGAGAGUCAUGGCUCAUGGGAACUUUCCUCUAUGCCUCCCAUGUCUGUCAGUUAGCGCUGACCAUCAGAGCAUGAAAGCAUGGUAGUUAUCAUUCUCUCUCUCGCUCUCUGUGUGUAUAUAUAUAUAUAUAUAUAUAUACAUAUGUACAUGUAUGUAUGUGUGUACUUUUUUGUAUGUAUACAUUAGCUGUGAUACAACACAAAAUACAGUGAACACCAGAUUGGUGAAUACAAUACCCAGCUGCAAAUUAACAUGAAUAGACAAAGUCAAAAAACAAAACAAAAAAAAAAAAAGGUAAAAGUU